ACAGGGAGCUCAAGAAUAUCUACAACUGGUGAAUCUUCCAGACACACCCCUAGAAGUGCAACAAGCUUAGAUAAUGAAGUUGUGUUCCGACGACAUGCAGCAAAUCUUGAACACCAAAUGCUGCAUUGGAUGAUGGUGUUCUAGUUAAUGGUAAAUAAUUGGAUGAUUAUUUUCUUCUUGCUAGAGUUUAUGAACUGCAUAGUUUAGGCUUAGCCUAAUAUUACUUAAAAUAAAAAUAUUACUGGACAGUACAAAUUACAUCAAUUUCUACCAGAUGGAAGGGUUUCUGAAGAUAGUGCUAUUGACCUAGGAGAUGUUAUCACAGAUGAAGAAGAAAUUGUUGAGGAGCUUAUAAAGAGAGGUAUGUUUUUUAUUCAUAAUCCUGAAUACUUUAAAACUUCUGAUUUUCCAAAGUCCUUGUGUACGAAGGAGCUAUGAUCCUGUGCAGGUUAAUUGUUUCUCAUUCAAAGGACAUUAUCCCAUGAAUGUAGAUAAACAUAUCAGUCUAAAUGUCAAUUAAAGUUGUACAACCAUUUUGAGAGUCUCUUGAAUGUAAAGAGCUACAUGUAUAAUAUAGAUUUUAACUACAUUUUGUAUAGAAGUGUCUUAUUUGUUUUAUAUAAGUAUUAAAGUUUAUUUUCCUAUAUGUGACCUAUCAAUUGAAUUUUGUGAUGCAAAACAGGUGUUGAAAACUUUGACAUGGCAUUGGAACAUUGGUAUGAAGCUAUAGAUUAUGUGAUGGAAUGGCGGCGUCCAGGUCUCUCUCAAGGAGGAAAAAACUCAUUCUUCCUUAUUGAAGCGGACAAAAAGCUGAAUGCCUUGAUUAGUGGUUCCAGAAAGCUGCGGAAAGUGAUUGAACAGUAUGAUCUCAUGGAGACACCUUUAACACGGACACCAAGCAACAUGUUGACAUGGAUUGAUGAUGGGAGUUUACAGGAGCAAAUACCCUUGGAAUUCAGUGAAGAUCUGGGGGAUCAGAACUCUUCUGAUGCUGAUUCCUUUGUGUCUGCAUCUGAUAAUGCACAGUUAGAGGUACUUUUG